GUUCGUCCUCCGGCGAGGCCGCAUGAGUGGCAACCCUGACGUAUUAGAAUACUACCGGAACAAGCACUCAAGCAAGCCACUUCGCGUGAUCGACCUCAGCGAGUGUGCCGUCUGGAAGCAUGCCGGCCCGGGCUUCGUUCGGAAGGAAUUUCAGAACAAUUUUGUGUUCAUCGUCAAGACCGCUUCGCGUACAUUCUAUCUGGUGGCCAAGACUGAAGAAGAGAUGCAGGUCUGGGUGCAUAGCAUCAAUCAGGUGUGCAAUCUCUACAACUUGGAGGAUGGUGCAGCAGAGUCAGGGGAGCGUCUCUCCCGCCCGACCUCCUCCUUCCAGCCUUCUGCCAACUCCUUUCGGACCACGCAGGCGGCUAGGUCCUCCUUGCCCAAAGAGGACCCAAGUGCUAACACCUUAGCCGCCGAGAGACCCAGACGGGACUCCGACUUUCUCUUCCUUCCCGAUUAUCUGAUUCUGUCCAACUGUGAGACGGGAAGGCUGCACCGUACCAGUCUACCCACUCGCUGUGAUAGCUGGUCAAAUUCGGAUCGCUCGUUGGAACAGACUUCAUCUGAUGACGUGUUUGUGGACUGCCUGCCUUCACUACCCGCCACUAACUUGAUGGCCUCCGCGUGGCCUGGGAAUGGAGCUCAGGAGGUGCCUUCCAUGAAGCCCCAGGCUGCUCUGAUCUGGAACAGAGACAUCAAUGGGCCAUCUAGGGACCACUUGUGCUCAUCACCGUUGCUGGAAACUUCCUUAAACCCUGCUAUUCAGCCCAGCCAUCUCGUUGAACGGCGCCAGGAGCAGCUCCUCUGGACUGGGCACAGCCGCAUCAAGAACCCAGAAUGCUCCAUCGUUCCAAGAAGAAUCUCUCUCUCGGGUUUAGAUAACAUGAGAACCUGGAAAGCAGACGUAGAAGGCCAGCCCUUACGACACCGAGACAAGAGGCUUAGUUUAAAUUUGCCCUGUAGGUUCUCUGCGGUGAGCCCCACAGCUUUUCCAGCCAGUGCUGAAGAUAGCUACAUGCCCAUGGGCCCCGGCCCUGCUGCCGUGGGGCUUGGACCCCACGCCAGCCUGGAUGAGUACAUCCCGAUGAGCUCAGUGAACAUCUCAACCCCACUGCCUGAGCUACCAAUGGACCUGGAGCCUCCUCCGGUGAACCGAGAUCUCAAGCCUCAAAGGAAACCACGGCCACCUCCACUGGACCUGAGAAACCUCUCCACCAUCCGGGAGCAUGCAUCUCUAACCAGGACUCUCACUGUGCCUUGCAAUCGAACCAGCUUUCUCUCUCCAGAAAGAAAUGGUAUUCAUUCUGCAAGAUUUUUUGCCAAUCCUAUUUCCAGAGAGGUGGAAGAAAGCUACAUCCAAAUGCAGGAGCACAGAGAUGCCAACUCCCUGGGCAGUGGUGCUUUUGAUUGUACAAAUCCAUUCAGCCUGGACUAUUUAGCUCUGGACUUCAAUUCGCCGCCACCAGCCACUGGACAGAAGAAAAUUUUUGUUUCCGAAGAGCAAAGAGUAGACUACGUCCAAGUGGAUGAACGGAAGACACAAGCUCUGCAGAACACCAAGCAAGAGUGGACCGAUGAGAGGCAAUCAAAAGUGUCAAGAGCUAUUCGGUUCAUGAGGAGGAACUAAAGCGCCUCCAUCAAGCUUGCAAGCCCUGGAGCCCGAGUCCUCGGUGGGUUAAGCGGUGAUUGAAGAGUGAGGGGUCCUGAGGCACGGCACCCUGCUGAGCUAUAACAAUGACACCACAUGAUCCGUGGGAGGCAAGAUGCAAGUCACGUCACCGGUUUACCCCAUCUCUGCGCCCACAGCCACACCGAUUUGAAAAGUUUUCUUUGUACAAUUUUCAUUUUGGGCAUUAAUAAAGGUUUGAUCCAGAAGAA